AUGCCACCCAAGAAGCAGACCACCGCAAGCGCCGGGCGCUUCGACCGCCUCCCCGCGGAACUAGUAAGGAGGUGCGCCGACUUCAGCGACGCGCCAGCCGCACUAAACCUCCACGAAGCCUGCAACAAAAACGCGUGCGGCGUAGCAUUAGCAUUAGCCUUCAAGAACGCGAAUGAACUGAGAAGGGCCGCGAGACUACGGACGGAGUCCGACGAGAACAUGUUUAAAAGGUGGGAGUCGCUCGUGUGUCCGUUGCGAUGUGUGGUUGUCGUGAUGAAAGAAAGCGCGGUGAGCCGCAUCUUUCGCGGGGCCGCCAAGAGGGGCAUCGAAGCGCUGUCGGAGCUCGACGCGUCGCGGGUGGACCUGGUCAACAGGAAGCGCGACGUGAACUGGCGCGUCAUCGACAAGCACCUGCGCAAGGUCAUGCGGGAGAUGCCGCCCUCGCUCCAAGGUCUCUCGGAGUACGCGAACGACGAGCAGUUUUUACAAGCGGCGCGGAGCGCCCUCGGGGACGCGGAGUCCGCCGACGCUCUCUUCAACGCGGCGAUCGUCGCGCUACUCUUCGACGCGCGGUUACAAAGAGAAUUGGGAACGGACUCGCCGGCGUGGUCCUGGAUCGCGCGCCACGCGCGCAUCCAGAACGCGUCCGAGCACGUGCCCGCCGGCGGUACCGCUGCGUAUCAAUUAGUCGUCGACUUUUGCAUCGAGCUGGGCCAGCACGAAGCCUAUGGCGAACGAAGCUGGACCCCGAGGACGGGCGACCAGGACCUCGCGCUGGUCUACGAGCGCGAGCGGCGCCAGCCGUUACCGGCGUGCGCGCGGCCGGAGAAGUACUUCUGCGACGGCUGCUUCGCGAAGGACAUCCAGCCGCGCGACAUGGCGCGCGUCGCCGUCGCGUGCCCGCUCUGCUCUUACUCGCUCUGCGCCGCGUGCGGCGAGGGCGUCGCCGACCACGUCUGCGACAGCCGCUGCGUGCCGGCCCGCGUCCCUUGCCUUGCCUUGCCUUCCCUCGGCGUCGACGGCGCGGCGAUGGCGUCGGCGUCGCGUGCGCGUCCGAUGGCGUGAAGGCCAAGGCGUCGCGUCGAUGGCGUCGCGUGCACGCCGUCGAGGAGACGCCGGCGACGUGGCGUUGCGGUCUCGGCGAUGGCGUGGAGGGAGACGAGUACAUUCGCGUCGCCGACUUCGAGGUCAAAAACGCACAGGUCCACUUCGGAGUCAAGGUCGAGCUCAUCACGUUCAUGCAGCGGUUCAUGACGGCGUGUAUCGACUGUCCUGACUUAAUAAGGACGGACGCGCGGCUCGCCGCGAACGUCGCUUUGCACGCGCGCCUGGCCGACCAAAGGCGCUGGAUCCGGACGGUGGACCGCGACCGGAUGGUCGCGCGGCGAAAGCUUCGCGAGGGCGGCCGCGCGCACGCCGAGUUCUUGGCUGAGACGUACGCGCGGAACCCGUUCGCGUCUGGCUCGGAAAGAUGGUAGAUUAAGACAACAAGUUAUUCACGGCUCCUCCUGCCGCUGCCACGCGGGAAGCGGCGACGGGCGUCCUCUUCCCUUCGACUCGCACGGUUGCAGCGAUGACGUGCUGGCGGGGAAAAGACGCCACCUCCACGCCAUCGACGCGAAGUAAC